GGGGACAAACAGGGAGGAUAGAUGAUUCAUUUUCAAAAUUCAUUAAACUGAGGUCCUUGGAUUUAUCAUAUAACAACCUGACAGGAGAAGUGCCUGAAUAUUUUGCACAGUUACCAGAUUUGAAAGUCCUUAAUUUAACAGGGAAUCAGCUCACAGGUUCAAUCCCCAAGCCACUAAGGCUGAAGUCCGAAGCCUCUUUGUCUUUGAGUUUGGAAGGAAAUCCGGGCCUUUGUCUGGCUGAAUCAUGUGGAACAAAGAAGCAUGCUACCCUCCUCAUUGCAUGUAUAGCAGCAUCCAUAGCGGUUUUAAUAAUGACCGUCCUUAUUUAUCUGAUGAACAUGAGAAUCAAAAGGAAGAAGCAAGGAGCAUUUAAGAAAGAAGGGCGGGAGAAUUCAAAGAAACAAGUAUUUUCUCUGAGAGAGGUUACUAGAAUUACCAGUAACUUCAAAACUGUUAUUGGGAAAGGUGGGUUUGGAGAAGUUUACCUUGGCACAGUGCAAGAUGGUAAAGAAGUUGCAGUGAAGUUACUUUCUCAGACAUCAAGGCAAGGAUACAGGGAGUUUCACUCAGAGGUAGAUUUGUUGACUUUCGUUCAUCAUAAAAACUUGGUUUCUUUUAUGGGGUACUGUGAAGAAGGUGAUGUGAAAGCAUUGAUUUAUGAAUAUAUGGCAAAGGGGAAUCUGCAACAGCUGUUGUCAGAUGAAAAUCCAACUGUUUUGAAGUGGUUUGAUAGACUUCAAAUUGCCCUGGAUGUUGCAUUUGGAUUGGAGUAUUUGCAUUAUGGUAUCAAGCCUCCCAUAGUUCACAGGGACUUGAAGACCUCCAAUAUUUUGUUGGAUGAGAACAUGCAACCUGCAAUGAAACCAGAAUCACUUGGAAUCAAGAUACAAUUACUUGAUUGGGUUAAUCCUAAACUUAAUGGAGAUAUUGACUCCAUAGUUGAUCCAAGGUUAGAAGGACAGUACAAUAGAAGUUCAGCAUGGAAACUUGUAGAAAUUGCCAUGUCCUGCGCCCAACCUACUGCAAUCCAAAGGCCUGACAUAAGUGAAGUGUUGACUGAGCUAAAGGACUGUUUGGCUUCAGAAAUAAGCCAUGAAAGAUCAGAGAGCAGCAUGAGAAGGUCCAGGAAUAAUUCACUGGAAACAAGUUCUUUGAAUCCUUUUCAGAUUGAUUCAUCAUUAGGCCCACAUGCUAGAUAA